GCGGCGUGGACUCGGGCCGCUGCCGCCAUCCCGCUGGCGAGAGGGAGAGAGAGGCCCGCCCGCUCGCCGGUCGGGCCAGUGUGGGCCAGUGCGUGAGGGCGCGGGGGGCCGUGUCAGCGAGACGCAGAGCGCAGCCGCCACCACCAAACGGACAUGUUGGAGCCCAGCGCCGCCGCCGCCUCCUUUUCCUUAUCCUCCGAACGGGACUGAGAGGGGGGCCCGCCACCCUCCGCCUCUGCCGCCCGCCCCGCCGCCUCGGCCGCAGCCUCUUCCUGCCCGGCCUCUGGCUCCGCCGCUCGUCGCCCCCCCACCCCCCCCGCCCCUCAGGCCCGGCCGGUUCCCCGGCCCCGCUCCGCCGCGGCGCGAGGUCUAUGUGACCGGCGGGCCCGGAGCAGCCGCCGCCGCAGCGCGAACAUGGACGCCGUCAACGCCUUCAACCAGGAGCUCUUUUCACUUAUGGAUAUGAAACCUCCCAUCUCUCGAGCCAAGAUGAUUCUUAUCACUAAAGCUGCUAUUAAAGCUAUUAAGCUUUAUAAGCAUGUAGUUCAAAUAGUAGAAAAGUUCAUCAAAAAGUGUAAACCAGAGUACAAGGUUCCAGGAUUAUAUGUAAUUGACUCAAUUGUGCGACAGUCUCGUCAUCAGUUUGGAACUGAUAAAGAUGUUUUUGGGCCCAGAUUCUCUAAAAACAUAACUGCCACAUUCCAAUAUUUAUAUCUUUGUCCAUCUGAAGAUAAGAGUAAAAUAGUUCGCGUGCUGAACCUUUGGCAAAAAAAUGGAGUAUUCAAAAUUGAAAUUAUUCAGCCUCUUUUGGACAUGGCAGCAGGAACUAGUAAUGCCGCUCCAGUACCAGAAAAUGUUACUAAUAAUGAAGGCUCACCUCCACCUCCAGUUAAAGUUUCUUCUGAACCCCCCCAAGCCACUACAAACUCUGUACCAUCUGUACCACAGUUGCCUAGCUCUGAUGCUUUUGCUGCUGUGGCCCAACUGUUUCAGACAACUCAAGGUCAACAGCUUCAGCAGAUCCUUCAGACUUUUCAGCAACCUCCAAAACCACAGUCUCCCGCCAUUGACAAUGCUGUGAUGGCGCAGGUCCAGGCUAUCACGGCUCAGUUAAAGACGGCUCCUGCACAGCCACCUGAACAAAAAGCUGCUUUCCCCCCGCCUGAGCAAAAAACUGCAUUUGACAAGAAGCUUCUUGAUAGAUUUGAUUAUGAUGAUGAGCCAGAAGCUGUGGAAGAAUCAAAGAAAGAAGAUGCUGCUGCCGCCGCAGCCGCCGCUGCUGCCGCCGCAGCCGCUGCCGCCGCCACGGCACCUGCUGUGGCUGUUGCACCAGCACCUGCUGCUGCCACACCGGCUGCCACGCCUGCUGCUUCCCCUCCUCAGGCACCCUUUGGGUUUCCUGGAGAUGGCAUGCAGCAGCCAGCAUAUACACAACAUCAAAACAUGGAUCAGUUUCAGCCUCGAAUGAUGGCAAUACAGCAGGACCCAGUGCACCAUCAGGUUCCACUUCCUCCUAAUGGACAGAUGCCAGGUUUUGGCCUUCUUCCUACACCUCCAUUUCCUCCCAUGGCUCAGUCUGUGAUUCCUCCAACUCCACCCGUGCAGCAGCCUUUCCAAGCUUCUUUUCAGGCUCAAAAUGAACCACUUACACAGAAGACACAUCAGGAAAUGGAAGUAGAACAACCUUGUAUCCAAGAGGUUAAGCGACACAUGUCUGAUAACAGAAAGUCAAGAUCUAGGUCAGCAUCCAGGUCACCAAAAAGAAGGCGAUCUCGAUCUGGCUCUAGAUCGCGAAGGUCCCGUCAUCGACGUUCUCGUUCUCGGUCCAGAGAUCGACGCCGACAUUCGCCUAGAUCUCGGUCCCAAGAAAGGCGAGAUCGAGAAAAAGAAAGAGAACGCCGACAAAAAGGCCUUCCUCAAAUCAAACCAGAAACUGCAAGUGUUUGUAGCACUACACUCUGGGUGGGACAGCUGGACAAACGGACUACUCAGCAAGAUGUUGCAAGUCUCUUAGAAGAGUUUGGUCCAAUUGAAUCAAUUAAUAUGAUACCUCCCAGAGGUUGUGCCUAUAUUGUUAUGGUUCAUAGGCAAGAUGCUUAUCGCGCCCUGCAGAAACUGAGCCGCGGAAACUAUAAAGUGAACCAGAAAUCCAUAAAGAUUGCCUGGGCUUUAAACAAAGGAAUAAAGGCAGAUUAUAAGCAGUAUUGGGAUGUAGAACUGGGAGUUACUUAUAUUCCAUGGGACAAAGUCAAGCCUGAAGAACUGGAGAGUUUUUGUGAAGGAGGAAUGUUGGACAGUGAUACACUUAAUCCAGAUUGGAAAGGAAUCCCCAAGAAGCAUGAAAAUGAAGUUGCUCAAAAUGGAGGGGCAGAAACCUCACAUACAGAACCAGUAUCACCUAUACCUAAACCUUUACCAGUGCCUGUCCCUCCUAUUCCUGUGCCCGCACCUAUAACAGUGCCACCUCCACAGGUCCCACCACAUCAGCCGGGUCCUCCUGUAGUUGGUGCUCUCCAGCCACCCACUUUCACGCCUCCCUUGGGCAUUCCUCCUCCGGGUUUUGGUCCUGGAGUUCCUCCUCCACCUCCUCCUCCACCAUUUUUGCGCCCAGGAUUUAAUCCGAUGCAUCUGCCACCAGGUUUUCUUCCUCCUGGACCCCCACCUCCUAUAACUCCACCAGUAUCCAUUCCUCCUCCUCACACUCCACCAAUAAGCAUCCCAAACUCUACUAUCGCUGGUAUAAAUGAAGACACUACAAAAGACUUAUCUAUUGGAAAUCCCAUUCCAACAGUGGUGUCUGGGGCUAGAGGAAACGCCGAGUCUGGUGACAGUGUGAAAAUGUAUGGCUCUGCUGUGCCACCUGCUGCACCCACGAAUCUGCCCACCCCUCCUGUAACGCAGCCUGUUUCACUUCUUGGUACUCAAGGAGUUGCACCUGGUCCUGUAAUUGGGCUCCAAGCACCAUCCACUGGUCUCCUUGGUGCCCGACCUGGCCUAAUCCCACUUCAGCGCCCUCCAGGAAUGCCUCCACCUCAUUUACAGCGAUUUCCUUUGAUGCCACCUCGUCCCAUGCCACCGCACAUGAUGCAUAGAGGUCCACCGCCAGGCCCCGGGGGCUUUGGAAUGCCUCCACCUCAUGGAAUGAAAGGCCCCUUUCCACCGCAUGGCCCCUUUGUUAGGCCUGGGGGAAUGCCAGGGCUUGGGGGCCCGGGGCCAGGCCCAGGGGGUCCCGAAGACAGAGACGGGAGGCAGCAACAGCCACAGCCACAGCAGCCGCCACCGCCACAGCCACAGCCACAGCAGCCGCCACCAGCUCAGCAGCCGCCACCGGCUCAGCAGCAACCACAACCGUUUAGAAACGAUAACAGGCAGCAGUUCAAUUCAGGUAGAGACCAAGAGAGGUUUGGAAGAAGAUCUUUUGGAAAUAGGGUGGAAAAUGACCGGGAACGGUAUGGGAACCGUAAUGAUGAUAGAGAUAAUAGCAAUCGUGAAAGGAGAGAGUGGGGAAGAAGGAGCCCUGACCGGGACAGGCACAGAGACUUGGAAGAGAGAAAUAGACGCUCUAGUGGGCAUCGAGACAGAGAGAGAGAUUCUAGAGAUAGAGAGUCUCGUAGAGAGAAGGAAGAAAACCGAGGAAAGGAGAAGCCUGAGGUGACAGACAGGGCAGGUGGUAACAAAACCGUUGAACCUCCCGGUAGCCAAGUGGGAGACGUAGACACUGUUUCAGAACUUGAUAAGGGGGAGUCUGAGUCUGCAGUUGUAAAAUCUUCUGAAGAGUUACCUGCUGAGGCUACCUCAUCCGUUGAACCCGAAAAGGAUUCUGGCUCAGCAGCAGAGGCUCCUCGUUAGAGACUGGAAUUUGUCAAAAUGUGACAGUGACGCUUCUGGAGUGUAGAGCUUGAGGUGUACAGAUGCUGUAUUAUAUUUGCUCCUGCUAUAUCACAGCCCCGCAGUAGUUGGUGGGGAAUUGUAAGCAAUUUGAUUGCUUCCCUUCUAUUUAAAAAUAGCCACAAAAUAACAAAAAAUACUGAAAAUAUGAAUAAAUAUUACCCUUUUUGCUGUAACUUUUUAAAAGUUUUGACUUUAAAAAGUUUACAAAUCGUAAUUAGAAGUGCUCUCUAUUUUUUUUUUUUUUAAUUUAAGACAAGGUAACGGUGAAAGCUCCUCAAAACAAUAGGGAUGUUUUUAAUAAACUCUAUUUUCAUAACAAA